AUGUUAAAUGAUAGUCAUGAUAGCAAAUAUCCUUGUCUUGUUCCUCAUUUAAUAGUGACCAUUGUGUUUACUUGUUUGUUUUUCCUAGAUGUCUCUACCUUAGUUAGAAGAUGCCCCAAUCUUGUCCACCUAGACUUAAGUGAUAGUGUCAUGCUAAAGAAUGACUGCUUUCAGGAAUUUUACCAGCUCAACCACCUCCAACACCUAUCACUCAGUCGAUGCUAUGAUAUAAUACCUGAAACUUUACUUGAACUUGGAGACAUUCCCACACUAAAAACACUGCAAGUUUUUGGAAUCGUGCCAGACGGUACCCUUCAACUGUUAAAGGAAGCCCUGCCUCAUCUCCAGAUUAAUUGCUCUCAUUUCACCACCAUUGCCAGGCCAACCAUUGGCAACAAAAAGAACCAGGAGAUAUGGGGCAUCAAAUGCCGACUGACAGUGCAAAAGCCCAGUUGUCUAUGAUGCAGUUAUUGUGGGAUGAUGUCUCCUCUUUUCUUUGGAAUGGGGAAAAUAGGCAGGAAACCCAAUUGCUGGAGCACUCAGCUAGUUUUAUUCUUGGUUUUCUCUUUGCCUUCAUCCUGCAAGUAUAUUAGAGAACCAUUGAAAGGGAAAAGUAUGAAGAGUUGCUUUUUUUGAAAUGACUGUAAAAGCUUCUCCCUGCUUUGCCCAUAAGAGUCUAAGUUGUAGGCCUUUUGAAAUUUUAGGAGAGUAAGCCUAUAAUUUCAAGAUACCUUAAAGAACAAAAUUUGAGCCACCUGUUCCAGGUGCUUUUUUUAUUAAGCCUAUUUAGAAUCAAGCUUAAAAAUUUCCACUGGCAAAGAAUUUUCAUAGCCUGUAUGGUAACUUUUAUCUAUUUAAUUUUUCAGCAUUGCUUUAUAAGACAUAGCUUGAAAGAAUAAGCUAUUUGUAUUGUGAGCUGAAAGAGAAUCAUAGGAUAGUAGCAUUUGAGGCAAUCUCUUCUGGGGAUAAAAAAGGGAAAAAAACGCAUUACAAUUUUGCCUAUACAUUUUCAUGUAAUUUACCUUAAAACCUAAAUAAAAAACAAGCAAAAAAACAAUCAGAGGCAUAGAAUUGGUAUAGGAUUUGAAGGCUCAAGAGGCAGUUUUUCCUAUGACAGGUUAAUUUGAAGUAUCCUUUAAUGUUUGUUGAUGUACUGUGUUCCCAGAAUUCUAAAUUAGGUGAAGAAAUAUAAUUGUAGUUUUCUAACUUUAUAAUCAAACUAUGUUAACAUGCGUUUUCUAGCUUUUUAUAUGACUUGCUUUGUUUUAGGAAGUUGGUAUUAACCCAGUCGGCCUCUAUUGAAAAGUUGAGUGGAAGAAUUCUGAACUGAAAUCACCUGCUGUUUUCCUUUAGCGCUGAAGUUCUUGAGGUUAUUUUUUUAUUAUUCUGAAAUCAAGUCUUUUAAAUUGUCUUUUUUUUAAUGUUCUCUCAUAAUAAUGAUUUGAAAUUACCCAUUUCAUAAGGUUACUGGACUUAAAGUUCCCAGAGAAGAACUUCAUGUUCCUUUCAAUCAAAGAUGCACACUAGAAGCAGGUUCCAUGCAGUUUGAGAGCAGUAAGCACUACUUUUACCUACGUAAGAGUUAAGACUCCAGGUGUUGAACCUUUUGAUAGAAC